AUGCUCUCUCUCACUCUUAUCAUCACACAUGUCUUCAUUGUGACCACAACCUUCGCAGUCGACAUCAUUCCCAGAGAGAUUCUAUUCCAAGACCCCAAAUAUUCGUCAGUAUCGUUGAGUCCUGACGGCAAACAAGUUGGAUACGUGGCACCGGAUGAGAAUGGUGUCAGAAAUGUGUACACUCGAUGUUCGUCGUGUUCCUACUCGAGACAAGUCACUUUUGAGACAGAACACCCGAUUUUGGACUACAUUUGGACCGCCAUCCCAGAUGUCAUCAUCUUCCUUCAGGACAACCAUGGAGAUGAGAACACCAAGAUUUACAAGAAGAACAUUUCGGCGACCGCCAUCGCCGCCGACAAAACCGCCCGUGUCGUCAUCAGCGACAAGCCAAUGGUGAAAGGAGUAAUCAUGGUGAACAACCUUCUCUCGGACACAAUUCUCGUCGGAAUGAACGAUGAGAACCCGGCACUUCACAACAUUUACGCCUUCAAUUGCCGUACCGAUGAGUUGACUCUGGUGCUUAGAAACCGAAGAUUCCCCCAGUUCUUCUUCGAUAAUGAUAUGAAUAUCCGGUUGGCCAGUGAGGAGGGUCCAGAUGGAGAGAUGAUCUACUACCGUACCAAGAACAGUGGCCCAGUGAAGACCACCGAUCCAUCGGAUUGGGUAGAGUACCUGAGAAUCCAGCAUGACGAUAAGGCCAUCACCUUGCCUCUAACAUUCGACAAAUCCGAUAAUUUUAUGUAUUGGAUUAUGGGAGAGAACAGUGACUUGGGAAAUCUUGUCGUCUUCCCAUUCGACGAUCCCGCACAGAAGGAAAUCCUCUAUACCGCCCAGAAAGCACAAAUCGGAAAUGUGUUGAUCCAUCCUGUUGAUAAGACUCUUUUGGCUGUGACAGAGGUCUACCAUAAGCCAGAAAUCUUUGUGGCUAAUGACACGUUUAUGGAUGACUUGCAGUAUUUGGUCAACUUGAAACCAACUGGAUCAAUCCGAAUUAUUAGUAUGAGUGUUGACAUGUCCACAUGGCUAGUGACCUACCAAUCUGCUGAUGAGCCCAAUGACAUUUACCUGUACAGAAGAUGGAAUAAGAAGGCGGAACUCUUCAUGAGCACAAGGCCGGAACUCAAGAAGUACACGUUGAACAAGCAAAUUGGAUUCGACUUCCCAGCUAGAGAUGAUAUGACCAUUCAAGCGUACUUGUCUCUUCCACCACAGGCUCCACUGCUCAAAUCCACCCAAGUCCCAGAUGGCGAUCGUGUUUACGCAAACCUCGGCAUGAUCCCAGCAGUCCCUCAGAAAAUGGUCGUCCUUGUGCACGGAGGUCCAAAAGCGCGUGACCACUACGGUUUCUCUCCAAUGAAUGCGUGGUUGACGAACAGAGGAUACGCCGUGCUUCAAGUCAACUUCCGUGGCUCCACUGGAUUCGGAAAACGUCUUACAAACGCUGGAAACGGAGAAUGGGGAAGAAAGAUGCACUUUGACAUUUUGGACGCCGUCGAGUUCGCCGUCUCCAAGGGAAUUGCCAAUAGAUCGGAGGUCGCAGUGAUGGGAGGAAGCUAUGGUGGAUAUGAGACACUUGUCGCGUUGACUUUCACACCACAGACAUUCGCUUGUGGAGUUGAUAUCGUUGGACCGUCGAAUUUGAUCUCCCUGGUUCAAGCUAUCCCACCGUACUGGUUGGGAUUCUAUAAGGAUUUGAUCAAGAUGGUUGGAGCUGAUAUUGUGACUGAGGAAGGCCGCCAAUCCCUUCAAUCCCGUUCCCCGCUGUUCUUCGCCGACCGUGUUGUCAAGCCUAUCAUGAUCAUCCAAGGUGCCAACGAUCCACGUGUCAAACAGUCAGAAUCCGAUCAAUUCGUGUCGGCACUGGAGAAGAAGAACAUUCCGGUCACCUACCUACUGUACCCAGAUGAGGGACACGGAGUCAGAAAACCACAGAACUCGAUGGAACAACACGGACACAUUGAGACAUUCCUCCAACAGUGUUUGGGAGGAGAAUCUCAACCAUUCCAACCGGGACAGUAUAACUCUACGGCUAUUAUCAAAAAAGUCGGAAUCGAGGGACCCGCCAUUGCCCGGUUGAGUGCUCAACAUCCAUCCCCACGUGGUCCAGUGGCUCCAUCCAUUUUCUAUAGACCGCCCAUCCGUGCCCAACGUGUCAUGUACCCACCGAAUCAAAACGUGAUGAACAGAAUCUUCCCAGUUCAAGGCUAA